AUGUCAUUUUUGGUCCAGGAUGAUAUAGAUAUCAAUACUCGGGGAACGGAGACACUGGGUACCACUUCAUCGCCAUUGCAUCGCCAACUUUCCGAACCUCCCACACUGCAGUCUACUUCUAUUCAGCAAGUUGGGGCAGUUGACACACAUCCAUCUCUCAAAUGUUCUUGGUGUAAUGAAUCAUUCGAGUCUUCUAAAUCACAUACAACUUCCCCAGCCGACGAUCUUAGACAGCACAUGCUUACAUCCCAUCCUGAAGCUGCCAAACUUGAUCUUGAUCGAGAUGCCGUUGACGAAACUCCUUGUAAUGAAUCUAGUCUUGAAGAAGCUGAACAGGCUACCCCUCUCGAAGCUUUGAAUCGCCGCCGAGAAGCAUUGAUUAUUGAAAAGCGACUCGGAGCCCUCUGGAAUAUCAACGAUGUCCAGAAGUUUACUGACGACUAUGAUGGAAAGGAUGAAGGUCUUCCCGUAUCGUGGAAAAAAGCAUUUGGUGAUUUUGAGCGCCCGAGGCCAUACGAAACUGAGACCGUGCCUAGCGGAAAUUUUCUUCCAAUCACCAAACCUGAAAUUUAUAUCGACAUAUUAAAGAACCCGGAAUCACACACGACGGAGGAGCUUUACGCCAUAACUGCGAAUACUGCCCGAGCGCUGAGGGUAUGGCAGGAUGAAUACUUUGCAAUCGAUAAGCUAUCCAGACGUGCCACACGACGCCCGUUAAAAAAGGCUGCUAAUCCCCGAAAGCUGGGUGAUCCACGUGUUUUCGAGGAUAAAAAGGAAGCUAUGCUUUAUGGAUAUAAACAUGAUCCCCGGGAAUCCAAAAUUGGAUUUCAAGACCCCUUUGUUCAGGGAGGCUUCAAGCCUACUCCAACACAAUUGAAACGAAUGAAACUUAACGCUACUGAUCCAUUUAAUAUUGAUGGGUGGAAGCCAAUUACAAUUGGUGGUGUCGACUAUAUUCCUGGUCUCCGCCCACCUUCGAAACCUGCUCCUAAGAAAAGGCCAGUGGAUGUUGACACGGCAAAUGCUGGUGGGACAACGAAUGGUGUAGACAGGGAAAGCGAUGGUCGUCCCAAACGUAUUACCCGCUUUGGUGGCUUCAGAAAUCCCGUAACUAGAGGAAGCUCACAGGUUCAGACGGAGCCGUCAACCCCGGCCCUGACCCCUACAUCUGCGAGAGGCAAAAGGCCAAAGUCACGCGCGGCUUCACUAGCUCCUCAAUUGCCUGUACAUUCCGCCUCCCCGAAACCCUCUGCACCCUCACCAAGACCACUUCACCCCGCCAAAGUAUUAACACUCAAAAUAUCCACUCCGAUUCCUGUUCCAUCGACCGCGCCACAGACCCCAACCACUCCCAGUCAAUCGAGACGUUCAGUCACCCAGGAGCCCGCAUCUACGCCGCUGUACGAAGAUCCACUUCUAGACCCCAAAAACCAACUUAAGAUCCAACGAUCCAAGAACCCGAAAAGAACGGAGGCAAUGAUAAUCCACUGGGCAAAAUUUAACCACGAAGGCCGAACCAGAAAUCCAAAACGAACAAAAGCUCAAAUCGAGGCUGAUAGAGCUGAGGCAGAAAGGAAAGGAAAUGUGGCUGCGAAAACUGCCACUGGCCGAAAGCGGAGGUCAGACUCGAAGAAUCCCGCAGGAGCAGAGAAUCAGGACAUUUCGGCCAGGAAGGUCAGACGUGUUGCGAAAAAUACCUUGGUGCCGGCUAUACCAGAGAAAGUUGAACCCUCCACCGCGACAUAUCCGACUGUUCAGCCGCAACCUGAACUUCGGCGACCGGAGCCCAUGAUGGGUCCUUUGAGUGUUCCGACACACCCUCCGGUCCGGUACAGCCCUUAUGGAGGACAGGUCUAUCAAAUUAGCUAUAACCAGCCCGGGCACCAUCUUCAAUAG